AUGGAAUUAGACAUUGGAGCUACUAAGACAAUCAUAAGUGAAGAAACAUACAACAAACUAUGUAAGAAUUUGACACCACUUCGCAAGACAACAGUCGUUCUUAGCACCUAUACCGGAGAGAGAAUUCCAGUAGCGGGCGAAGUAAUGGUUCCAGUACGGUAUGAAAACCAACAGCAUAACCUACUCGCACUUGUGGUCAAAGGUCAAGGUCCAAAUCUGUUGGGCCGAGAUUGGUUGCGUGUAAUCAAAAUGAACUGGGCCUUAAUAUUCCAAAUAAAUGAAUGUCAUCCUUGCAGUGAAUUGAAGGAAGUUCUUGAAACCCACAAAGAGGUUUUUACCGAAGAAUUAAGUACUUUGGAAGGAACAACAGCAAAAAUCUAUGCAAAUCAAGAUGCACAACCCAAAUUU